AUGGGUUUUAUCGGUGUCUACUCGGCUGUGUACGACUACCAGCCACAAGGAGCGGGCGAACUCGAGAUUCACGAGGGCGACCUCCUCUACAUCUUGGACAAGAAUGCGGACGAUGACUGGUGGAGGGCUAAAAAGAAGGCUGGACGGGAGGAUGAGGAUGAGCCUGAAGGUCUAGUCCCUAACAACUAUGUUGAAGAGGUGAGUCUCGUUGAAGCUGCGGAGCUCCACCGAUGGAAUGCACCCGUUCGACCAGCGCACAGAGCUACCGCCCUCUUCGACUACACGCGACAAACUGACGAGGAAGUUUCCUUCUCAGAAGAUGCUGAGCUGAUGGUGUACGACACCUCGGAUCCGGAUUGGACGUUGGUUGGAACCAACUCGGAGUAUGGAUUUGCGCCGUCGAAUUACAUCGAAAUCAUCGAGGAUGCAUCCGCUGCAACCAUUGUCCCCCCCCACCUUCUGUUCGAGCCGAGCCUGCCGCGCCGACGCUUCCGCAGCGGCCGACACAUACUGCCCCGGAAGAAACUGAGGCAUCGCCUGCCGGCUCCCCAGUUGAUAUGUCUCACAACCCCGCCGCUGCUGCGAUUGCCAGUAUCAUCCACAAGCAGCAUGCCUCUGCCGAGACGACUAGAGAUGAGCCCCCGCCACCCAGUCUUCCUGUCCGGCCAUCCCGUUAUGCGCCUGACCCAAGUCCGCCACCCCGUCCUCAGCAGGCGGCGCCGUCUAUGGGGACACAUGUCAAAGCAUCUCCCCCUUUACAACCGGGCAGGUGAGUUGACACCUCGGUCACCUUCCGGCUAUCAUAUCUACAACAUCAAUGAGAUGGUUGAAGUUAUGGGCAAGAGAAAGAAGAUGCCGACUACAUUGGGAAUCAAUAUGGCUACUGGAAUCAUCUUCAUCUCUCCUGAAGGUGAUGAUCGCCAAAAAGAAUGGAGUGCGGAGAAGCUCACUCAUUACUCGAUCGAAGGAAAGCACGUCUUUGUUGAUCUCAUCAAGCCUAGCAAGAGCAUCGAUUUCCAUGCAGGUGCUAAAGACACUGCCCAUGAGAUUGCAGCGGCACUCGGUGAGAUUGCCGGUGCCUACCGGGCAGAAGGAUUGCGCGAGGUGAUCGAGGCAGGGGAAGGUGGCGGUCCGAAGAAGGGCCAGAUCUUGUAUGACUUCAUGGCGCAAGGCGAUGAUGAAGUUACAGUAGCUGUGGGUGACGAGGUCAUCGUCCUUGAUGAUACCAAAUCCGAAGAGUGGUGGAUGGUGCGACGAUUGAAGAACAACACGGAGGGUGUUGUCCCCAGCAGUUACGUUGAAGUCACAGGGUUGAUACCAAAGGCGCCAUUAAUGCCUGACGAACCAGGCCUGUCGAGCGUGGAGAAGAACCGGAUGGAGGAGAUGCGGCUGUCCAAGCUUGCGAUGGGCAAGUCACGGACGGACUCGAUGGAUUCAUCGGACCGUCACAGCAAGCGCGACAGCAAAAUCAAGUCGAAGCCCGAUCCAACUAAAGUGCGCAAGUGGACGGAUCGGACCAAGGACUUCACAGUGGAAGCCCAGUUUAUAGGUCUUCAGGAUGGUAAGAUCCAGCUUCACAAGGUGAACGGUAUCAAGAUUGCCGUUCCUGUCUCGAAAAUGUCUGUCGAGGAUCUCGAGCAUGUGGAGAAGGUCGCCGGCGUCUCACUGGAUGAGGACAAGCCUCUUUCAAGCAUCCGACCUCGAGCUGCGCUUAACAAGGAUUCUAAAUCUGGGGCUUCGAAGUCUGGGGCUUCUGUGCAACGUUCCGAUUACGAUUGGUUCGACUUCUUCCUUAAGGCUGGUGUUGGGCCACAUCGCUGUGAGCGAUAUGCACAGUCAUUUAACAAGGAUGCGAUAGACGAAUCUGUGCUACCUGAUAUUACAUCUGAGAUGCUUCAGAAUUUGGGUCUGAACCUGGGUGAUACCUUGCGAGUGAUGAAAGUUUUGGAUGCCAAAUAUGGCCGUACACCGGACAAGUCCAAGCCUCGAAACGUCAGUUUCGGUGGUGAGGAAGUCAUUGGCAAUGGUGAGGACGGAGGCCAAGGUGGUCUAUUUUCCGGGCCUGGUGGUAUGCUUCGCAACAACACUCGCAGGGGCAGACCAACACCUAACGUCCAAGCCGGAGAGGUUGAUCCUAAAGCGUUCGGACAGGGAGGCGAACCCAAGUCACCAGAUAGCUCGGCGAGUCCACCACCUCCUGCGGCAGCUGAAAAGCCUGCUGCUGCCGGAUUUGAAGAUGAUGCUUGGGAGGUGAAGCAGCCGAAGCAGCCUGCUCGGCCACCUGCAGCCACCCCGACUCCACCCGCGGCAGCUCAGGUUCCUCAGCCAACAGGGGCAAUGGCGGAUCUGACCUUGCUUCAAACUCCUUUGCAGCCGACACCGGCUCAGCCUACUGCACAGCCUGCCUCGCCCAUGCCUGCCCUACAGCCGCAGGCCACUGCCGUGCAAUCACCACCUGUACAACAGGCUCAGCAAACAGGUGCCACUCCUAGCUUAUUUGCCCAAGUGGCACAGAUAGGACAGCAUCAACCAGGUUUCAGCCCUCAGCAUACCGGGUUCCAAGCACAGGCCAGGCAACGUCCUCAGGCACCUCAGGCAGUUGGACAAAAUUCACUUCUGCCUCCCCCUCCGCAACGCCCACUGUCCGCACCUCAGAACUUCUCGCAACAGCAAAACUCCUUUGGUCCUCCUCCAUUGCAGGCUCAACUGACGGGCCUUCCUCAGGCGGGUCCUCCGGUUGCUCCUCCUGGCCAGAGUUUGAGCGAAAUGAACCAGCAGCGUUAUCAAGCUGCGAUGCAGUCGCAGGCGACAGGAUAUAUGGGUCAAAACCCAUAUCAGAAUGGCUUAAUGCCGCAACCCACAGCCUUUACUCCCCAGUCCCAAUUCGGUAUCCAGCAGCAGCAGCAACAGCAACAACCGUAUGGUAACCACAUGGCCCCUCAGCAAACUGGGUUCCAGGGACUUGGGCCGCAGCCCACAGGCUUUGGUGGAUACGGGCAACUCCAGCAACCAAUGCAGACUGGUGUCAACUCUGUCCUUCCUCCUGCACUGCAACCGCAACCCACUGGUAUCAAUGGCUACGGCAACCAGUCCUACACAUCUCCGCCCCCUGUGCCGCCAAUUCCCCAGCAACCAACAGCCACUCCCCUGUCGCCACAGAAGACCGGACCGCCUCCCUCCAUCAGAUUUGGUGUCAAGCCAGACGGCCCCAAGAAGCUUGAGCCACAACCGACCGGACUCAGAGCCAAUCUUUCGCAAGCCACCCCCAAUAAUCCGUUCGGCUUCUAA